AUGGCGGAACGACUGGCUGAACUACUGGCGACCUUGAUGAUGGAUCCGAAAUAUAGUGAUCUCACGCUGGAGUGUGAUGGGGAGACAUUUGCGGUGCAUAAAGCGAUUGUGUUGACGCAGUCGGUUGUGCUGGAGAAGGCUUGCCAGGCGCACUGGAAGGAAGGGAAAGAUAAUGUCAUUCAGAUCACAGAAUUCGACGUCCGGACCGUCCGCCGCAUGGUCGAGUUCCUAUACACCGGCGACUACGACCAAGACAAACCGGAAUUCGUCACGCCUACCGUAGAUGAGCAGCCCCUUGAAGCAGAGGAUUCCGACAGCAACGAGGAUGCCUUUAGUACGCUCUUUAGACGAUCCGGUAGCCCCGCAUUUGAUCUCCAGUCUCUCGAAGCUGGGGUUUACGACACCGGCGUCAGCGCCUACCAGUCGCCUUCGCGUUUGGAAGAGAUUAUGAGGGAAUGGGCACCGGACGAUGAAACUGCAGCGAAUACAUUUAUUGACACCUUCUCUCCGCAGAUAUGUGUUCAUGCUAUUGCGGAAUAUUAUAUGAUGAACGACCUCAAAGAGAAGGUUGUAGAGAAGAUCAAGGCACUUCUCAAAAGGACUAUAUGGUCUACCAAGGGGUUUAUGGCAGUUGCCAAAGAAGUUUUUGAGACUACAGUGCCACCGCCAUCCACAACCACUGACUCUGGACAUGAUCAACAACAACCACAACAACAACAAUACGAAGGCGAGACUUUGCGCGAGGUUGUACUCAGUGCAGCAUUCGACCAUUUUACAGACAUGAUCCAAGCCAAGGACUUUGCUUUAAUGGACCUAAACUCCGAAUUCGCCGCCCUUUUGCUCCAAAAGGUCUCCAAUAGCUGCGACUCUGUCCGCGCAGAGCUGAAGCACCAGGAGAAUGAUAACCGUGAACGCCGCCUUAUCGACUAUCGUUGUAUAUCAGAGCUCACCAACAAAGUGAACCAUUUGCGGGCUCAAAACACGGAGCUGGAGAAAUGUAUCAAGCAGAUCCAUGAGUUGACCACGUGCCGGUUCUGUCAUUCUAGGUUCAACGUCGACGUCCUCGAGCUUCCGCUGUCACAUGAGUCAAAUAAUAACCAGAAUUAUGAUGGUGAUGUUGAUGUUGGUGAUGAUGAUGGCUCGAUAUGGUUGAGUGAGGGUCAGGUGAAAAAGUAUGAGGUUCGAUGUAAAAGGUGCCAUCUGCGUGGUAUAAACCUGUGGGAUAGUGAUGGUGAUGAUUCUGGGCUGCUAUUUGGCUUCGAUGAUGAUGGAUCUCAGGGUGCUCAUCUUGAAGACCUUUUUGGCGAUGAGUGGUAA